AUGGCAUCAAAGUUCGUCGUAGUGCUCGCCGCGUUGGCAGUCGCCAACGGCUCCGUGGUGCCGGCGGUCACCCUGGCGAAAGCAGACACGGACUACACCAGCUUCGCUUACGACGUGGCGGACCCCAACACGGGCGACUACAAGAGCCAGGUGGAGACGCGUGUGGGCGGCACCGUGACCGGGCAGUACUCGCUGCUCGACGCGGACGGCACCAAACGCACCGUGGACUACGCCGCCGAUGACGUCAACGGCUUCAACGCCGUCGUGAGGAAGGACCCUGCCGUUGUUGCUGCACCCGUUGUUGCCGCGCCCGCUGUGGUCGCCUCCGCCCCUGCCGUGGUCGCCUCCGCUCCCGCUGUAGUCGCCGCUCGCACUGUGGCCGCACCCGCCGUCGUCUCGGCUCCGGCUGUUGUCGCCUCAACACCCGCUGUGGUCGCUGCUCGCACUGUGGCCGCACCCGCUGUCUACGCCGCGUCCACUCCCCUGUACGCGCAGAAAUACUUCGCCGGCCCUACUUACUACGCAGCCGGAGCGCCAACAGUCCUCGCUCGCAACUUCGCUGCCCCAGCGUACUACACGGCCUCUUCCCUCGCUUCCCCGGCAUACCUCACCCGUUCGCCAUACGCCUACGCUGCGUAUUCGUCCCCCGUCACCUACUGG